AUGAAUACACUCUCUCCGCCACCCAAGCUCACCCAUCUAUUUACUCUCCGGUGUGCGGUCGAUCCGCCAAUGGAGGUCGGAAAUGGUCCAUAUGGAAGACGGCGUUGUGUUCCGAUCAAAUCUGGAUCAGUGAAAGGGAAGUACAUCAACGGCGAGGUUGUGCCUACUGGAGGCGCAGAUUUUAUGUUGGUCGAGGAAGACCAAACGACACACGUCAACACGAACUAUAUGAUCAAAAGUGACGAUGGAGCGUAUAUCUACAUUCGGACUGAAGGCACUAGAGCUGGCCCCCCGGAAGUGCUUCGAGCGCUGAUGGAAGGCGGACCUGUGGAUCCCAGCCAGUAUUGGUUUCAUCUGCAUGUGAAGAUUGAGACUGGUCAUGAGAAGUACAAGUGGAUGAACAACCGUGUCAUUGUUGGACGCGCGACCAGGGCCAAGGGCGAAGUAGCCUAUGAUGCUUACUUUUUGGAAAAUCCCUCCGAUGCAGAAGUUGGGAAAAAUAAGAGCUUGCUCUAA